AGUAUUGCAUCUGUCUCUCCAAAUUAUUUUGGAAACAGCACGAAGAAGACAUGAGCUAACCAGCAGCUAGCUGUGCCACAAGUUUCUACAAUGUAAGCAAGCCUUGUGAGUGUACUCUGGGGGGAGGACAGUGACUUGGAGUCCUGUUGCGAAAGCUUUUUUGACAAGUUCCUGUUUGAAAGAGAGCUUAACAUUGUGAGAGAACACGUCAUCCUAGAAGGAGAUUUUCUAUCAAAGGCUUACAUUAUGCGGCGGGGGGAGCACGCUGCACGGGCUUUCCAGGCCCCUGUGGAUGUCCAUGCCAGUGCAGAUGGACAGGUUUACAUGUUCAGGAGGUUGCCCAAUGAGUCUGCUGCAUCCUCAGAUGAAGAAGAGCUCACUGUCAUGGAGAUGAGGCCUCGCCUUUUCAGAGAGUAUGAGCAGGACAGACUGAGGAACGUGCAGCUCCUAGAGCGGGAGGUCUUAGAUGGUGACAAUCUCAACAAGCUUGCACUACAAUAUGGUUGUAAGGUGGCCGAUAUAAAACGAGUGAACAACCUUAUGCAGGAACAAGAUUUAUUUGCUCUGAAAUCUAUCAAGAUACCUGUUCAGAAACACAGCUUUUUAACUGAGGCGGCUUACACAGACCUCAGUGAACCUCAAGAGGAAACGCCACAUUCAUCCACCUCGCUAGUGAAGCCUGAGGACACAGCCAGAGGCCAGACACAUCUAAAGGAGGUCACAGACUUUCUAAUGGAGGUGGACCAGGAUAUUGAGAAACUGAUUCAGACCACAGAUGAUCAAGACGAGGAUUUUUUAGAUAAUUUGGAGCGCCAGCAGAAGUCAGGUUUGAAAGGAAGGAGCCUGACCGGUCACGGUGCGGACUGGGGGAUCCAGUGGUGGAACGCUGUAGUGGCCAUGCUUCUUAUAGGCAUCGUCCUGCCAUUAUUUUAUGUCAUUUAUUUCAAAACAAAAGAUAAUGGGGUAGUUUCACCAACAAAUGGCAGUGUGGUCACGCAGGCUUCUAACAUUUCUUCCAACACAUCAGGGAUGGGUCUUGUUACAAGAGGAGCUAGAUAGUACAGACUUCAAACUCAUAAAACCAGAGUAUAUAUUUUUUAAGAAAGUUGAGUUAAAUGGUCCUAGAAGCAAGACGAAGCAAAACAUUGUAACUUAAGUGCAAUACCACCACAUAUCUAUUUUACACCAGCAAUAUAAACCUUGUAUAUGACAACUGUGAUGCUUGAUGCAAAUGCCCUUAUGACUGUGUUGAAGGGAGAUCGCUCUGCACAGUUCGCUCUUUUUGUUUUCGCAAUUUAAGACCCCAACAUCUUUAUCUCAUUUAGAUAUGCUAUUUGGGAUAUUAUUCUUUACACUCUCAGUCUUUUACUUUGAGACCUGUAAUGAAGUCAGUUCGAUCAAUUUGAAACCCCUAAAUUGAGCCCCACCAAUGUGGUAUUUUCAGACAAAUACAAAAGGAGUUAAAAUCUUUGACUUUUAACAUCACCUAUACAAUGAAUCAUUUUAACUUGAAUUAACUAAGAGGGGUUUUUUUUUGUUUGCAUAUUUUUAUCAUAGAUGUCAUCCCAGUUUUGCACUUGUUGCUGGGUCUUUAAUACUAAUAAUAAUAUAUCUAUGAUGGGCCUUUACCAGCCAGCCAAUGUAUCAGUGGGGCUUAGUGUUAUUUAUUAUCUUUCUUAUCUGGGUUAUGCAGACACUUAUUUCUGUGAAGGCCUAAAAAUGACUUGCCAUUUCUCCAGUGCCUGUUGUCAGUGUUAACGCGCCAUCCAGUUUAAUCAUAUGAGUGUUAUAUAUCAGGUACAGUCUAGCACAUCUGUUGAAAAAGUUUAAUAUUUUCAACAUUCUGCCUAAAAAUCUUUAGAUGUGAGAAAUGAUAUGACCCCGGUACUAAAUCUUUGUGAGGUUAAACUGUAUUUGACACGGGUUUGAGCAUUAUUUGUGUGCCUUGUUAACUUAUUUUUGCGUCUGUGUGUUUAUUGUUAAGUUAUUGCCCUACACCUCACAUCUGUUCUCUACUACGUCUAGGUACAAUGCUAAAAAAAGUUAUGUUUACAGAAUUAAUUUGAUGCAAUACACCUGAUCGUAUUGGAUGUGUUUGUGUUGAUUUGACAUUUUGUAAUCAUAGAAAUAUAAAUAAGAUGAACAUUUUUGAAAAUGACGUGUAGUCACGUGUAAGUUACUACAAUGGACGGUGAUAAAUCAAAGUGCCUUAAACUUUUUGUAGUAUUACAGUCGGUCUUACAUUGUGAGUUUGAGUGGCUUGUCCAAUGCACUUUUAAAAUAAAGAAUUUUAAUGCAGAUAUUUUAUUGAUAUAUCUUUCAAACAUUUCUGUGAAUUUGUCUACCAAUUUGGAUGGGAAAUUGACACAAUAAAUGUGCAAGGAUGUUUCUUCA